AUGGGCCAAGUAGAGCUGCUGCUGGAGCAACGCCAGCAGCAGCAGCAGCAGCAGCAGCAGCAGCAGCAGCAGCAGCAGCGGGAGCCGCUGGAGCAGCAGCCCGCCUGCGCAGAGCGCAGCUAUACAAUGUUGCAGCAGAACAACUCCGUAAAGCGCAACAAAACAGAAGUGCUGCGAGCGCCGCCGACGCGUGCGGCCGGACCAGACCGGUGCACGGAGCAGCAGCAGCAGCAGCAGCAGCAGCUGCUGCUGCUGCUGCAUAAGCUGCUGCUGCACCUCACUUCCUUUAUACUUUUGGAUAACAAGACAGCGGCCCUAACUCAGGGCGGGGCCCAGCAGCAGCAGCAGCAGCAGCAACUGCUUUUGCUUUUCCCCCCCGGCUGUUUGCUGCUGGGCUUCGCGGCGCUGCAGCAGCAGCUAACACAACAGCAGCAGAGCUCCCGCAGCAAAAGCAGCAGCAGCACAGCUGCAGCAGCAACCGCAGCCGCUGCUGCUCCUCAGCGCGCCUCUUUAGCUUUCAAGAAAGAUACGUGGCGGAGCCUGGGUCUAUCCCUAGCAGCAGCAGCAGCAGCAGCAGCAGCAGCAGCAGGCAGCGCCACAGCUGCAGCAGGGCCCAUGGGUCACUGGACCCCAGAGGGCCCUGAUCCCCCGCAGCAGCAGCCGCCGCAGGAUCAGGAGCAGCAGCAGCAGUCUCCACUGCCACAGCAGAAGCAGCAGCUGCUGCUCCGCGAGCAGCAGCAGCUGCUGCACCAGUCGCAGUUGCAGCAGCAGCAGCAGCAGCAGUUCCAGUGGCACCUGUCCGACAGCUCAGGCUGCAGCAGAACUCCCAGCCCCCAGGCCUCCCUCAGCAGCAGCAGCAGCAGCAGCAGCAGCAGCAGCAGCUCUUUUUCAGAUGAAUCUUUAGGGGGGGCCUCUACCCAGUCCCAGCCAGCAGCAAGGGCCCCCAGGGGCCCCCUGCGCUGCGGGGGCCCCCGGCGGGGGCCCCCCUCAGGGGGCCCCCGGGGCCCCCACGGCCGCCGGGGGCCAGCCGUGAGCAGGUGCAGCAGCAGCAGCUGCAGCAGGAGCUGCAGCAGCAGCAGCAGCAGACACAGACGCCGAGCAGCAGCAGCAAGCCGGCUGGUCUUGCGCAGGGCCCGCCAAAUGAAAAGAAAGACAAGGGGGCCCCCUGCUGCUGCUCCGGACCCCAAUGACUUCUUUUAUUCCACCACCUACCCUCCCGUAGGCGCAGCAGCAGCAGCAGCAGCAGCAGCAGCAGCAAGAACUGCGGCAGCAGCAGCGGAAACAGCAGCAGCAGCAAAUUCAGUUGCACACGGCCCUGCAGGGGAAGCAGCGUCCGGCGCCACAAGUGGCUGCCAGGGAGACGCCGGACUCAAGCAGCAGCAGCAGCAGCAGCAGCAGCAGCAGCACAUUGCACUUCCGAAGCAGCAGCAGCAGCAGCGCAGCAGCAGCGUUGCUGUGGGAGACACCAGCACGAGGCUGAGCAGCAGCACCAACACAACGGUCCCAUCUCUCGCUGAGACACUAGACGCCCCCACAGCAGCAGCAGCAGCAGCAGCAGCAGCAGCAGCAGCAGCAGGUACAGUGACAGACUGGAGCAGCAGAGCCUCUCUAGGCCCCUCGCGCUCCAAUACAAGUUCCCAAGGGCUCCGGGGGCCCCCAGCAGCUCCGGACCCACCGGGGGCCCCCCAGGGGCCCCCAGGGGCCCCCCAGGGGCCCCCAGGGGCCCCCCAGGGGCCCCCAGGGGCCCCCCAGGGGCCCCAGGGGGCCCCCCAGGGGCCCCAGGGGGCCCCCCAGGGGCCCCCAGGGGGCCCCCUGGGGCCCCCAGGGGGCCCCCAGGGGCCUCCGGGGGCCCCUGGCCCUUCAACGUUUCGUUUAGAUUCUGAAGACAGCAGCAGCGACCGGAAAGAGAGGCGGCGGCGACGACCUACGGCCUCGGUGGCGCAGCUGCCCACAGGGAGAGUUGCUGCUUUGCGGCAGCGGCUAGAGCGCCGCAUAGAGCGGAAGCGGCGGUGGAGGCCCGGGAAGCUUCUUGCGGCGUGGGCACGAGACGGCGUGGCCUUAUCAUCCCGACGCAGCUUCCGCCAGCUUCACAGCAGCCGUUCGCAGCAACGACCGCGAAGCCACGCAGCAGCAGCAGCAGCAACAGCAGCAACAACACAAGCAGCAACAACAGCAGCAGCAACACCAGCAACACCAGCAACACCAGCAACAGCAACAGCAGCAGCAACAGCAGCAUCAGCAGCAGCAAGGAGCGCAGCUGAUGACAGGAACCCCUCUUCCGCCCCAGUCUAUGAAAACGCAGCAGCGUCUGCUGACCCUCAGGCAACAGUAGCCGCAGCAGCAGCAACAGCAGCAAUGCCAUCAGCAGCAGCAACAGCAGCAGCGCUGCCAGCAGCAGCAGCAGCAACAGCAGCAGCAGCACCUGCUGCAAGCGCUGCUGGAGCGUACUUCGGUAAGGACUUCGCGAGUCGGCUGUAUGGCCACCGCACAGUGAGCACUUGUGUGCGCCGCCGCGAGGCAGCAGCAGCAACAGCAGCAGCAGCAACAGCAGCAACAGCAGCAGCAGCAGCAGCAAAUGCAGCAGCAGCACUGGGAGGCCGCCACUCACGCGAGAGAAAGUCCCCCACCCAAGUGAGGGGCCCCUCACGGGCCUCAGGAACAGCAGGAAGGCCCCCUCGUGGGGCCCCACUUGCUGCUGCCCCCUGCAGAAGCAGCAGCAGCAGCAAGCCUGCCUUCGUCAGCAAUAAGAGUGCCAGCAGCAGCAGCGACUGCAGCAGCAGCAAAAGGCACGAGCAAGCAGGCCCACGCGUUGCCCGCAAAGCCUUCAAGGCGCCUGGAGUGUUGGCACUUGAAAAGGGCUUACCUGCUGUUCCUGCUGCUGCUCCUGCUGCUGCUCCUGCUGCUGUUCCUGCUGCUGUUCCUGCUGCUGCUCCUGCUGUUGCUGCUGCAGCGCCGAGUAUUGACUCUGGUGGCGCUGCUGCGCGCCGUGAGGAGGGCCGCAGGGGUAGCCGGAAAGACGCCGGGCAGCAGCAGCAGCAGCAGCAGCGGGAAGAGCGGCAGCAGCAGCAGCAGCGGCAGCCGAAGAAACGGCAGCCGCAGCAGCAGCAGCAACCUGAACAGCGGCAGCAGCAGCAGCAGCAGCAGUUGAAACAGCUGCUGCGGCCGGCCUGCGUGCCGCAGCUAGACCUCAGCAAGCUGCAGCGCGACGAGCAAGAUGAGCAGCAGAGCCGCGUGUGUGCUGCGCAGCAGUUCAGCACAACGAGCAGCCGCAGCAGCGGCCGCAGCGUCAACCUGCAGCAGCAGCAGCAGCAGCAGCAGCAGCAGCAGCAGCACGGGGGCGACAGCAGCAACUGCAGCGCAGAACGCCUCUUCGAUGGCAGAAGACCUGUUGUGCCUCUUUCUUCCAGAGUUGUCCGCUGCAACCAGGCGCUGUUCACUGCCCGCCAGCAGCAGCAGCAGCAGCAGCAGCAGCAGCAGCAGCAGCGGCAGCAGCGGCAGCAGCAGCCGCAGCAAGAGCAGCAGCGGCACCGGCGGCAGCAGCAGCACGCAGAUGCAGGAGAUCGUGGCCCUGUUUCGGCACGACAGGCUGAAGGACGCUCACGGGGAAGCAGCAGCAGCAGCAGCAGCAGCAGCAGCAGCAGCAGCAGCAAUGGCGCAAGGAUCGUUGCUGCAAGUAACCACGCAGACGCGGCGAACGUGAAACAGGAUGGACAGCAGCCGCAGCAGCAGCAGAAGCGGCAGCAGCAGCAGCAGCAGCAGCUGCAGCAGCAGUCUGAAGAAUUCGAAGAUGCUUGUCCAAAAGCUCUGGCGGGCCGCUUGGCUGAGGCCCGUAGAGUGAGGCUACGGAGGGCCUCAAUGCAGCAGCCACUGAAGCAGCAGCAGCAGCAGCAGCAGCAGCAGCAGCAGCAAACGCAGCAGCAGCAGCUGCAGCUGCUGUCCCAAAUCGCCCCUAAGUCGAAGGACGCUCGCCCUGCAAACGCCCGGUGCCGCUCUCUAUCGAAGAAGACCUUAGCAGCAGCAGCAGCAGCAGCAGCAGCAGCAAAUGGGCGGCCUUUUGAGUCUGCAGCAAAGGAAAUGAGAGCUUUUGAGGGCCCUCGGUAUGCUCCCACCACCGCAUCUACAAAGGACGGCUCAGUGCCGGACCAGCAGCAGCAGCAGCAGCAGCAGCAGCAGCAGCAGCAGCAGCAGCGGCAGCAAAGUCUUCACAAGGUGAGCUCAGAAGCAGCCGGGGCUAAGCUGCAGCAGCAGCAGCGGCGGCUGCUACGGCUCUCCGCCGUUGCAGCAGGCCAGCAGCAGCAGCAGCAGCAGCAGCAGCAGCAAGCGCCUCACAGCUCUGUGCCAACAGUGGCAGCUGCUGCUGCUACUGCAGCGUCUGCGGGCCCAGCUGAGCAGGAAGGCUCCCAGGAGCAUGUGCGAAGUAGCAGCAGCAACAGCAGCAGCAGCAGCAGCAGCAGCACAGCCGACCUCUCAACCCGCAGCAGCAGCAAAAACCAGCAGGAGCACAACGGCCCCGCAGAGGCCCUUGCCGUGACCACCCAAACAACUGCAAGUUCAGCAGCAAACCAGCAGCAGCAGCAGCAGCAGCGGCAGCAGCAGCAGCAGCAGCAGCAGCCACGUAGACGCUGUGCCCGCAGCAGAGAGCCUUGGAAUCAAAAGGCCCCCAGUAAGGGGGCCUCCAAGGGCCUCAGCAGCUUCUUUGGUCCUUAG